AUGACUCGUUUUGGACAUCGGGACUUGUACAACAAUGUGACGUCAGCAGCAACGCUGCCCCCGCGGAUGGACAUGCAUGUGUUCAAGGAGGGCAUCGUGCCCAAGUGGGAGGACCCGCAGUGCGAGAAGGGCGGCUCCUGGACUGUCUUCUGCCGCACCAAGGACAUGUUUGACCACGUGUGGCUCAAUGUGCUAUUGGCGCUGAUAGGCGAGCAAUUCACAGAGGCGAGUGACAUCUGUGGUGUGGUGGCCAACGCUCGGCCCAACAAGGACCGGGUGGUGCUGUGGACCAAGACUGCGAGCAACGAGGCAGUGCAGGUGGGUGGCAGUGGUCAAUUGAGGUCCAUUCAUUGGAGGGCUGGGGCCACUGCAGCAACGCUGAGGAGCUCCCAGCAGCAACGCCGUUAUUGCGAUCCCAACAGCUCUGAAAGGCGUGCUGGAGAGCAGCCACGCUGCGCUGCCGGUGGCGGCAGUGGACCUCCAGCAGUGUGCAGCUGCGGGCCGCAGCCACGCCAGGAGGGCUCGCUGUACCAUCGCCAGCAACAUCCCCCUCUCGUGCCCUGGUGGUGA